AGAAUCAAAUUCCAAACACAAUAUAAUUAGGGGAGAGAGAAGGGUAGCGUAGAGAGAUAGAGAGAAAGAGAGAGAUGGAUCCAGACGCGUUGGCAAAGGCAUUUGUGGAGCACUACUACACCACCUUCGACAACAACCGUGCUGGACUUGCCACUCUCUACCAAGAAGGAUCCAUGCUUACCUUCGAAGGUCAGAAGAUUCAGGGUUCCCCCAACAUCGUCGCCAAGCUCACUUCUCUCCCUUUCCAGCAGUGCCAUCACUCCAUCACCACCGUCGAUUGCCAACCAUCCACCGUCAACGCUGGCAUGCUUGUCUUCGUCAGCGGUAACCUUCAACUCGCCGGUGAACAACACGCCCUCAAAUUCAGCCAGAUGUUCCAUUUGAUACCAACACAGCAAGGAAGCUAUUGUGUGCUGAAUGAUAUAUUCCGUUUGAACUAUGCCUGAAGAUAGACCAUCAAAUAUAUGACUUGAAAUGCCAUUGAAGUUGUUUGCUUUAAUUGUUUUAGAUUGAAAAUGGGUUCAAUGUGUUUGUUGGAUGCUUAAUUGUACCUGUUGUGUUUAGAAUUUUCGGUUGUGAUUUAUCAAAAAAUAGCUUCAAGGAUAAA